AUGGACAAGUACCACAUCUACGAGGAGGUGGGGUCGGGGCAGCACUCGCAGGUGUUCAAAGGGCGCGAGAAGAUGGAUAUCGAGUACGUGGCGAUCAAAAGGGUCGAGAAAAGCAGGAUGGAGAGCAUAGUGAAGGAGGUCCAGGUGAUCCAUCGCCUUAGCAGCCCUAACGUCCUCAAGUUCUACGACUGGUAUGAGACGAGGAACAACGUCUGGCUCAUCCUCGAGUUUUGCACCGGAGGAGACCUUCUGACGCUCAUCAAGCAGGACCACCAAGAGCCCGAGUCGGCGGUCCGGCUGUUCGGGGUGGACCUCCUCGCCGGCCUGCAGCAGACCCACGCGUGCGGGUACCUGCACGGGGACCUCCGGCCCUCGAACGUGCUCAUCGACGAGUAUGGCAUCCUCAAGCUCAGCGGCUUCGGCCUCGCGCGCGGCGUCUCGCGGGAGGACGAGGAGAAGGGGGAGGGCGAAGCGAGCUUGGACGGGGGCGGGGGCGUCGGCGGCGACAGCAGUAGAAGCGGUAGUAAGGUCGGUGGGGAGGGCUACUCACAACACCAGCACCAGGAGAAACAGCAGCACCGGAAGAAGCAGCAGCAGCAGGGUGGGGCUUCUGCGAAAGACGCGGCGGCGGCGGUCGUGGCGGAAGGCAGGGACCCGGCCUAUAUGGCGCCCGAGCUUUUUUCCGUCGGCGAGCAGGCGAUGAGCUUCGCCAGCGACUUCUGGUCGCUCGGGUGCGUGCUGUACGAGCUCCUCACCGGCGAGCCCCCUUUCCGCUCUUCUGCGUCCGCCACCGUCGCGGAGACGAUCGCGCGCGAGCACCCGCCGGGGCUGGACAAGGGGGAGUGGCAGGGGGCCCGAAUGAGCGCACCGUUCCGUGACCUCGUGAGUCGCCUCCUGGACAAGGACCCACGCGGGAGGCCCACGUGGCCGCAGCUCCUGGCGCACCCGUUCUGGGGCAGCUGCCAGACCCCAUCGGCCCUGGAGAUGCCUCCGCAGCCCCGCUUCGAUCGUGACCUCGGUCCGUGCUCGGGUGCUGCCGUGGGUUCGUCGAGUGCGGCUGUUGUCGCAGAGGUGGCCGAAGAUUCCUGCGGCCGCGCUGCUGCUGCUGCCGCUGUGGCCGGACGGGAAGAGGUGCGUGACCAGGCGGCAGGCGAAGCACGACCGCAAGAGCGACAGAAGGGAAGGGAAGGGGCGGAGGGGGCUGCGGAAGGAGGAGGAGGGCGUGGCGAUUUCGACCGGGCGUUUGGGGAUAGCGGGAUCGUAGAGGUGAUCGCGGAUGACGCUUCUCUGUCAUCGUCGUCGUCGUCAUCGUUGUCUCGUUCUUCUUCUUGCUGCUCUUUCUCCGCCGAAGGGCUGGCCAGCGUCAGCACGAUCGACAGCACCAGCAUGAGGAGGAGGGAGACGAGGGGGGUGACGGGGGAGUGGAAAAACGUGUCGGCCCUGUCGACGGAUGAGCUGCCGGCGGAGGUGGUGACCGAUGCGGAAGAAAACUCCUGCGACGGGGACGAAGAGGGUCGUACAAGAGAAGGGGAGGAAGACAGCGAUCAGUGGCGACAUGAACGUGAAGGAGGCCGAGAAGUCCCGGCGAAGGUGCGGGGUACUCUUGACGUGGGCGGGGUGAGAGCCGACUCCGCCCGCCACCACACGGGCCGAGAAAAAGAACCAGGAGAAGGGCCGGAGCUUGGGCUGGGCGGCAGCGUGCCACCGUCGACUAGACCGAUACCAAGAACAACCGCGACCGAACGGUGGAGAUCGGCGAACCAACGCCGUUCGCCGCGGGAUCGAGAGCCUCCCCUGACGGCGGGACAGCAUGGCCGUGACGGUUGCCGCCUAGACAAGCGCGCCAAUGGUGACAACCCCGUGUUGGUUCGGGCUCCAGUGGUAUCGCAAGGGGUAACGGCGGGAGAGGGGGGACGGCGGGGAGCGUCAUUGCCUCCGUCGACGGCGGUAGCGGCAACCGCGAGCACGAGCCAGGCUCGACUGGAGGAGCAACAAUCGGCGGCGGCGGCGGCGGUGGCGGUGCGGCGAAGAGCACCGUGCCACGACGGACUCGUCCUCUCUCGAGGCUGCGGCGAGACGGCAACAACAACAACAACAACAGGAGGAGGAGGAGGAGGAGGAGGAGCGGUUAUCUCAGAGGGCGCCGAUGUUUCUUCUCCCGGAGGGAUCUCGAGAGGGAGGAGGAGGAGGAGGAGAGAGAACGGUGCCGUCGGGUACGAUGCCAACGGAGGUGGUGUCAGCAAUAGCGCCGCCGACGCCGCUGACGCCGCCGCCGCGAAGAGAGCGGCAGCGGUGGAGGCGCUGAACGGCCUCCGCCUGCGAGGGAGAAUCCCCCCCGUGCGGCGGGGGGGCGGAGGAGGAGGUGGAGGAGGAGGAGGAGGGAGGGGGGCAGCAGCAACUAGAGAACGAGGAGCGGCGGCCGGGGGGAGAAAGUCGCCGACGAUGUUGUCGGUGGCGGUCUCGGUGGCGUCGGAGGUGUCGUCCUCCGUGGGAGAGCAGUACGGGAGCAGCUUCGAGGAGGACACGGAGGGAAGCAGCUCUUGCAGCGCCGCGGGCAGUGGUGGUGGUGGUGGUGGUGGGUGGGGACCUGAGUCGGCUUCGGGGGCGCCAAUGAUGGCGGUGUCGUCGUCGGUGCCGCCGGAGAGAAAGCACAGGUCGAAGGGCGGGGGUGGUGGUGGAGGUGGUGGCGAGCAAGGCGUAGGAUAUUUUGUGAGGACGCCGGGGUCGGUAGGGACGGAGACCACGGCGACUCCGUCAUCGGCCGGCAUGGCUCCCUCUUCUCGGAGAGGCAGGGAACACUCCAGCGGUGGCGGCGGCGGCGGUGAAGGGGGGUGUAGGUUGGACCGAACACCUUUUCCUUCGGGCGGGUCUUCCGCGGGAUCAGCGGGGUCGGGUUGUGGCGGGGACGCCACCCCUCACGCUGCGGCUGGUCCAGAUGGCGGCGGCGGCGGCAGAAACGAGUUCGCGGCGACUGCCUUGAGCUUUCGGAGGGCGGCGGGCUGCUUCUCCUACCCCGCGCCGUCGGAGCGCGUGUCCUCUUCGUCGUGGACGCUCUCGGCCGAAGCGUCGUCGAGCUUCCGAGGUUCCCGGGAGGUCGUGGACGAGGCCUACGGUGUGGAGGAGAGGGAAGGAAAGAGCGGGAACAGCGCCAUGAAGACUCCGGCACCGGGGGACACGCAAGUCGCGCCUGACUCCAAGAAGCGGGGUCGCCGCGUGGGGGGUAGGAGGCGGGGGCGAGACGGGGAGACCGGCUAG